UCAAACAUGGCGGGGCGGGGUGGUGACGUCACACACACGUGGCUCCUCCCACUCCCACCGCCGCGCCACCACAACAUGGGGACAUUUCUCGCCGAUUCCCCGCUAUGCCGCCUCUGUGCCACCGAGAGCGAGGGCGGCACCUUCACCAUCUUCGACGACAGCGAGGAGAAGGCGUCCCUGGCCAUCCUGAUCAACAAAUAUCUGCCCAUAAAGGUGGUAGAUGAUGGCCGGCUGCCUGUGUGCAUCUGUGAGCGCUGCCAUGUGGGUGUUGCAGCCACAGUGGACCUCAUUGACCGCAUGGUGGAAGGCCAGCACCGCCUCCGCUCCCUCCUGCAGCCGCUGGACAAGGCUCCCAUUGCACCACAGAAUGUCCUCAUCAACCUGCAGGGAGACUCACCAGACAUACCCAUGGAUGACCUGACCAAGGGUGCCAGUGUGUCCAAGGUGUUCAGUGAGGUGCACCCGAUGAGCCAGGCAGUAGAGGGACAGCCACCUAAGAGACGGCGGGGACGGCCUCGGAGGGGAGAGGGUCCACCCAAGCCAGCUGUCAAGAUGGAGGAGGAGGAGGAGCAGCUGGAGGAGGACAAGAGAGGCCCACGGAGGUCAGGGAGGAAGGCCAGUCUACCAUCCAGGUACCGGGACUCCAUUGCCGGCCGGGACCUCGAGAAGCUGAUGAAUGACUCUGGCGUGAAGGAGGAGGCGCUGGAUGAGGCAGACGACACCACCGACACUGACUACCGCCACCAGGGGGUUGUUGCGGCUCCCCCUGGAGUGCUGGCGGUGGAGGCAGCGGCGAUGAUGAUGGGCGAGAGGGAGACUGUUGCUGUUGCUAAUAAUCCCAUUGCUGAUGAAGGGGCAAGCAUCAUCAUUGCCGACUCUUCUGGGCCGCCCUCGGAUCUCCCCGUCUCUGUCAACAUUGAAGUGAAUUUCCAGGAAGAUGGAAACAUUACCCUACGGGGGAUGGAGGAACUGGAGGAGAGCAAGGAAAAGCCUUCUUCCUCCAUCAGCUCAGUUCAGAUCACAACAGUCGGGGAGGCAGUGAGUGUGCCACCCAAGACGUCCUUCAGUGAACCCACUCUGUUCCGCAAGAAGCGUGGCGCCAAGAAGAAGGCAAAGUGGCUGUGUGACCUGUGUGGCAAAGGCUUCCUGCACAAAGGCCGCUACCUCCUGCACAACCGCCUCCACAAGCAGGUCAUCCUCCAGUGUGACACCUGCAAGGACCGCUUCUCCACCCGUGAGGACAUCAACAUCCACCAGCACAACACACAGCACACGGGACUUGGCAUCAUUGAGGUGGAGAAGGAAGACAGCAAAGUGGAAUUCAAGUGUCCGCACUGCCCCACCCGAACCUUUGUGACGCAGGAUGGCUAUAAUAACCACGUGUCCAGCAUGCACGAGGGAGUGAAGCCAUACGCCUGUGCCACCUGUGGGAAGCGCUUUGCCUACCAGCACAGCCUGCGCAACCACUACGCCCUGCACGAGCCGCCCAAGGAGGAGCGUGAGUAUCCAUGCCCGACCUGCGGCAAAGUGUUCACGCACCCCAGCUCCCUCAUCUACCACCGAGAUUCCUCGCACAACAACGGGCGUGUGUUUGUGUGCCACCUGUGCAACUCGACCUUCAAGCACAAGCAGUUACUCCAGAGGCAUUACAGUGUCCAUUCUGAGGAGAGACCCUAUGUGUGUGAGGUCUGCAACACUGCCUUCAAGACACGAGGCAACUUGUAUAACCACAUGAACACUCACACGGGCCUCAAGAAGUUCACCUGUGAGAUCUGCGGCAAACAGUUCAACCACCUUACCUCCCUCACCCUCCAUGUGCGCUCCCACACCGGUGAAAAGCCAUUUAGCUGCAACUACUGUGGGAAGAGAUUCACCCAAAAUGGCAACCUUCAAGAACACAUUCGCAUCCACACGGGAGAGAAGCCCUACUGCUGUGAGACCUGUGGGAAGAAGUUCACCACCUCCUCCCAGUUCAAGCUGCACAUGCGUAGGCACACCGGGGAGAAGCCGUUCAGCUGCACCGUCUGCAACAAGUCCUUCCUGAACCGGGAGGCGUGGCGGGCUCACCUCAGGAAACACAACGGAGAGAAGCCCUAUGUGUGUAAUGUGUGCACCAAGAGCUUUAGUGAACUGUACACACUCAAGAAGCACGUCCGUAUGCACACUGGAGAGAAACCGUACAUGUGCAACAUCUGUGGUAAAGCUUUCAGCGAUGCCUCAAACCUUCACAAGCACCGCCGCAGCCACCGGGAGGACGAGACUUGGCUCUUGCAACCCACGGGCACCUUUGAGACCACUCAGGGCGACCAACGCAUUAUUUACAUCCUCUCAGACAAGGAUGACAACGAUGCACUGCGAGCCCUGCAAGCUGUGGAGGCUGAGAUCACCGAGGACUCCCAGCACCAGUCUCACCACCUUGACAACCUCCCGGAAGGCACCACACAGAUGCUGCAGCUCAACACAGAAGGCUUCACCCUUGGCCCAUACAACCAACCCUCCACCGUCACCUCUGCCACAGCCUCUGUCUCCUCCUCCUCUACGUCUUCUUCCGCCCCCUCCUCCUCAGCUGUCAUGCUGCAGGAGGGGUCCACUAAUUCAGCUGACAGACAGAUGCAGAUCUUCACCAACGAGGAGGGGCAGUCAGUCAUCCCUGUCAUCAACUCCUCUGGGGAGACGAUAGGGGAGGUGCAGGGUCACUUCCUUGCUGGGCAUCCAGACAACAACACACUUGGCUCCAUCACGUCUGGGGGAAACACACUUGAGAUAACACUGAAAGACGGGCAGCCUCUCAGCCUUGUCAUACCGGAUGGUGAGGACCCCACACUCUACGUACAGAGGGCGCUGGAGUCUGCCGUCAUGACCCAGCAGCACUCACAGCACCAGGGCACCUCACGCACAUCACAGACUGGGACUAGAUCGUCUGUGGCAAGUGUGUCAGGUGCUUUAGCUAUGUCAUCUGUGCCCUCUGGAUCACAGCACUCGACAUAAUUGUUUCCAUGUGUGUGUGUGUGUGUGUGUGUGUGUGUGUGUGUGUGUGUGUGUGUGUGUGUGUGUGUGUGUGUGUGUGCGUGCAUGUGUGCAAUAACCUAGUGAAUUUCACAUCCAAAAAUCAACUUAAAAUUAAUAUAGAGACUAAUAUUCUCCUUUAUAUUCAGAGAUUAUUUAUGGCUACAAAAGUGGAAGAGAUUUCUAAGUCAUCCAAACAUGUAAUGGGAAAUAAGGAAGCGAUGAUAAACCGUUUCUCUGUAAUAACUCCACAAAAAGCGAGGUAAUUGGUAUGUGAUAAGUGGAGGGAGUCAUUUUAAAAGCGCUUUUCUUUCUUUUUGUGGAAAGCAUUCUGUGCAUCACAGCAUCAGUUCAUUGGGCAGCUGUACACACUUCCUCCCCACACAAGACCUCUAAUGCCUCCAGGAUUCUCAAAGGCAGCCCUGUCUAGAGAGGAAGUUGCUGGAUGACAAUGAACCAAGAUGAAUAUUACUAAAGUUCCUCCUCUUUUGUAAUGCAGACUUAGGAAAAUGUAGGUAACUUAGGUAACUUCAAGCCAGUCAUGUUAUAGUAACAAAGGAGUUGGAAUGAGCUACCUUGGAGUAUAACCAAAUGUAUCUAAAUAGUAGUUAGUUCCUUUGGUUUCAUAAUACUAUGGAGUGCAUCUUUAACAAUAUAAAAGCCAUAUAUAUAUAUAUAUAUAUAUAUAUAUAUAUAUAUAUAUAUAUAUAUAUAUAUAUAUAUAUAUAUAUAUAUAUAUAUAUAUAUAUAGAGUUAAGUAGAAGGAGAAUCGAUUCUGUGAGAAUUAGCAAAGUUCUUUAGUUUUAUAAUGUUAAGAUGAAGUGACUCAUAAAAACAAGAAAUAUAUGGGUAAGAGAAAAAAGUUUGCUGAACUUUAAAAGGAAAGUAGGUGAUUUUAAAUAAGGAUAAUUUCUUUGACUUCAAGUUAGGUUGGAGUGUACAUAGUGCUUCAGUGUGGCAAUAUAAUCAUGAAAAACACGCUGGGUGGUGACAGUAAACAUUACCAAGAGGAACAUGAGAGAUUUUAAUGAAUUAAAACAAAUGAACAUCAAAUCUCUCUAAUAUUCACAUUUACAAGCGUGUUCUAGUGAGGCUGGACACAUUACCACAUCCUUACAUAAUUACCAAAUGCUCACAUAUUUUUCCCAUAAGCAUAAAAUGUCUAAAUGAGAUUUGAAUUUAUUAGGUGGAACAUCAAAUCUCCUAGCAUCAACAACUAAAAGAUGUGAGGAUGGAAAUAUAAUGAAAAUCCUCACACCAUGUUUAUCUCAUUGUCUCUCUAUGGCGAGAAAGUAAACAUUCAGCAAAUAACAGAUCUGAAAUAAAGGGAUAAAUAUUUCCAUCACAGUGACCUCCUCAGUUCAUUCUUUUGUUGCUUAUUCAGAAUUAUGUAAAAAUUCUAGAGUAUAGAGAUUUCAAUGAAUUAAACGGGAAGAACAUUGUCUUAUUUUUCAAACUCAUGAAAGUGUUCUAGUGAGGCUGGGAUUUUUCACACUCAUGAAAGUGUUCUAGUGAGGCUGGGAGUAACAAAACCCUCACGUUCAUCUCUAAGGUGUAGGUGCGCAAUUAUUCCUGAAGUGUACAUGACCAAACUGUGGCCUUGUCUUCAUUAUUUGCAUUAAUAUUCUCAAACAUUUCAAGAGAGAGAGAGAGAGAGAAUGCACAAAUUAAUAUUUCCUUCAUAUCAUUAAAAGGGAAAAACAACACAUUGAUAUUUUAGUUGAUAUUUGGGAAGAAAGUGAUGGAAAUUAAUUUCAUCUCCACACAUUCAUAUUAUUAUUAUUAUUAUUAUUAUUAUUAUUAUUAUUAUUAUUAUUAUUAUUAUUUUAUUAUUUAUUUAUUUAUUUAUUUUUUAUUUUUAUUUUUUUGAUCUGUGGAUGUUAUGCUGUUUGGGUAUUUGUUUCUCUUCAAUACAGUCAGCUGUUAUCAAAACAGACUUUCAUUACUGAACGCUACAAUAUUUGGCAGGGGCAUACAUAGCCCCUGCCAGGACCUAAAAAAAAAAAAAAAAAAAAAAAUUUUUCUGCCAUGUUCCCAGUUUGCUGAAGAUGAGGUGCAACACUGGCAACACGAGUCAUUUAUUGCGAUUGUUAACGCGAUCACAAUAUACCCACAUUAAUUACUAACUUUUUUUUUUUUUUUUUUUUUUUUUUUUGCUGAAAAUACCAAAACACCCAAUAACUAUAUUUUUCCUCUUGCUCAGGGAAAGACGACAAAAUUUAGUGCUACCAAGUACAUAAUCAAAGACGUUUAGCCAUCCAUACACUAAAUGAUCAAAUCCAUUACAUUAAUGUAUUGUAAUUUAUCCCAUUUUUCGUCACUGAUGGAAAAUAAUAUGAAGUAGUUAAGCACUUUAAUUUGUAUUUAUUUUUCUUACACUAGAUAAACAGUAAAGUACAAACAUCUGGCAACACAAGCUAAAUUUUUUCUUGCCUCUCUUUAAUAUCGUUCCUCCCUACUACUACGACUACGACUACUACUACCACUAACCCUGGCAUGGAACAACACAGAAAACCUCCUCACAGCUUACCACGCCACACGUAGCCUAAAGCCCGUAACUUUCUUCCUCUUACGGCUCACUCCUUCCUUCCCCCCCCCCUGUUCACCUUUUCUCACAAUUUCAUCCUUUCAGCCUUUCCCCGCUUUCUGUCAUGUAACCACAAGCGAAAUAAUGAAACUAGGGAUAUUCUGAGCUAACAAAAACACUUAUAAUUAUUGGCGUUGAGGGAAAUGAGCGAAAUCAGAUUACACUCACUGUCCGCCCCGUCCUGGCCCGUGCUGGUGAAGAGAAUGUUCUAUGAAACCUCGCGCGCUUCGUUACUAUUGGUUCACUCGUUUGAAGCUUCGAAGGACUGGAAUGAAAUCGCGUUGCAUCGUUAUUUUGUUAUAAUGUAGAACCGACUUAAAACGCGUAUUUAUUUCAAUAUAUCGCUGUGGCAUGUAAAAGACGUCCGCAAAGGGAGAAGGGGGAGGUGCAUGGCCCAGGCUGAGGGAUUAAUGGUAAGAAUCUCCUGUAACUGGGCUACAACCUUGAUGCUCCAGGAAGAUAAGUAUCACACCUCAAGUAAUUACCCUUGAUCUAAGGAUUUGUGUAGACACGCUAUUUAUAUAUUUCAUUCUAUUUAUUUAUUUUCUAUGUCCGUAUAUGUUUUGCUCUCUCAUCACGCCUCGGAGAUGACUUGUUUCGUUCUCGUGGGUGUUUCUGCUCACUGAAGAUGCAGACUGCUUGUUAAACUAUCAAUACAAACUACUACUAUCAUAAAAUAAAGAAAAAAAAAAACAUUCUUGAAAGACUUCCGACCACUUCUACUACAGCUUGCUGAAAAGUAAUUACAUCAAGAUUCUGAAACGUAAAAAAACACAAACUUUAAAUCUUACGGAAGUUAAUCACAACAAUAAUUCCAUCCAAUAUGAAAAAAAAAAAAAAAAAAAAAUUAGAAUCAUACCUUUAUGAAUUAAAAUGAAACCAAAUUCUGUAGGUUAAGGCAGAAGACAAACCAGCUAUCAACAAUGAACUCAACUUUAUUCAAAACACUACAAUUGACUACGGACACAGAGGGAGAGGGAGGGGAAGGGGGGAAGGGAGGGAUCCUUUGGAGGGAAGGAGGGAAGGAGGGAAAAGCUAUCAACAUGGCACUAGAGAAGGGAAAUAUCACAAAGAACAAGGGGAGAGGGAAGAGGGAGAGAGGAGAGAUAGGUAUGGUUAUCUUUUAUCUCUAUCUCUCUAUCCAUGUGACUCUCUCUCCCUCCCUUCCCCGCAUUAAGAGAAUCACCGCCAUUUUGUCACAUCCUUACUUAAGACAGCACGAAGAGAGCACUGAUUGGCUGGGAAGUUUAAAUAUCAGCCAAUCAGCUUCUUGCUCCUCUUCCAGGCGAGCUAAUGGACGAUAAAAUGACGUCUUUUUAGCUUUUUUUUUUCAAGAAUAUUCCGCAUUUUGACUUAUUUUGAAAAGCCUAAAGGAAAGAAAAUCGUACAUCAUUUCUAGUAUGUGCUAUUAAUUUUUCACCUUAAAACACACAUAAUCUAAAAAUUUACUUAUUCAUUAAUGGUUGUUGAACGAUGAUAAAAAGUAGUACGUACGUUUGUUAGUAUUAUAGUAUGUUGUAUUUUUUUUUAAGGCGAAUAUUUUUGAUGCUUUAGUGAUCCCGUUAAGACGCUUCCAAGGCGAUGACAGUGUUAUGGUAAUUAUAAUACUAUGCACGGCUAUUGAUAAUAUUAUGUUACUCAGACGGACAGAUAGAUUGGGUAGGCAAGUAGACGGGAAGACUGAUAGAUAGAUAGGUAGGUUGACUGCUUGAUAGAUAGAUUUACUGGUUGAUAGAUAGAUAGAUAGAUAGAUAGAUAGAGAGAGAGAGACAGAGAGAGAGAGAGAGAGAGAGAGAGAGAGAGAGAGAGAGAGAGAGAGAGAGAGAGAGAGAGAGAGAGAGAG